AUGGGCAUGUUGAAGGUGAUGCUAUGGCGUAGCAAUGGCGCAGUGGGGCGAGUAUUCAGGAGGCGAUACCGAGUUCUAGCGAUCGAAUCAUCCUGUGACGAUGCAUGCAUAGCAUUAUUGGAUAGGAAAGAUGGGAAAACGACCGUAAUAGAUCAAGUGAAACUGACAUUGAAUUCUGUUGCAGCCGGAGGAGUGAUUCCUACCGAGGCUCACGGGUUCCACCAGUACCAAAUAGCGAGCCAAGCAUCGCAGUUCUUUCAAAAACACAAGAUAUCCUCGCAAAAUAGUCCCGAUCUUAUAUGCUGUACUAGGGGACCGGGUAUGGUGGGCUCUUUGAGUGCUGGACUUCAAUUUGCUAAAGGAUUGAGUGUAGCAUGGGACAAACCAUUGGUAGGCGUACACCAUAUGUUGGGUCAUUUAAUGAUAGCAUCUUUGACAUCUGAACUGCAAACGAACCCUCCUCCAAGAUUUCCAUUUCUCAGUCUUCUUUGUAGCGGAGGACACACGAUGCUAGUGCUUCUGGAGUCGUUGGCAAAGCACCAAGUUCUUGUCAAUACAGUGGACAUUGCAUGUGGUGAUGCCCUCGAUAAGUGUGCCCGAAAAUUGGGAUUGAAAGGAAAUAUGCUAGGCAAGGAACUUGAAACCUUUGUCAACUCUUUCUCUAAAGAGGAACUAGAUGAGUUCACAAAAAUCAAGACGCACACACGAGAUAAUCCUUUCAAUUUUCAACUCAAGCUUCCCAUGAGAAGCCCGAAACAUCCCAGGAAUGCGGAAUCAGUCCAGUUUUCUUUUGCCUCAUUUUUAAGCACAUUGGACGCUUACUCCCCACCACCAGGUAUGGAAAAGUCGAAAGUCACCAAGUUUUUGGCUUUCAAAGUACAGCAAAAGAUAUUUGAGCAUAUCGUCGACCGAAUCAAGUUGGCAGUCGAUAAAAACGAGACAUUGUUUGCAAAUGUGAAUGACAUUGUGCUAUCAGGCGGUGUGGCUUCGAAUUCCACCUUGCGCCGAAUGCUCAAAGACGGAUUGAAUGAUAAGAUGAAACGACCAAACUUGAACUUCCACUUUCCUGAAAUCGCCCUUUGUACUGACAACGCAAUAAUGAUCGGGGUCGCUGGGAUUGAGAUAUAUGAAAACCUCAAUGUGGUGUCUGACCUCUCGAUAACUCCCAUUAGAAAAUGGCCACUUGAUCAGUUGCUAGAUGUGGAUGGCUGGACGUCUCGCCUGUAA